UCCGAAUUGUCAGAUUUUCUAGAUUAACGAUGAAGAAUAAAUAUUAUUUCUAAAUAAUAAUUAGUUAAUUGUUGAUAAUUAAUUAACUGUUGAUAAUUGGUUAAUUGGGUUUGAUGAGGUGAGAGAUGGUGCGGUUUCGUAGACAGCAAGCGGUGAUCCUGGCGGCUUCCUCUCUAAUUCUUCUUUUUGUGAUUUCAACCAUAUCAAAUUUGUUGAAUAAUCGGCGUAUAGAAGGUUACUUGGUGGCCAGAGCUCAAAUUCUAGAGGAGUGGCGCCAGGGAUUGUAUCCAUUUGAUUCGAAGGAUGAGUUUUCUAAGAAGAUUUCAAAGCUGAAUAGCUCGUCUGGACUCUGCGAAAACCUCGUGGCCAAUUGGUCGCACUUCAACAUGUCCACAGAGUACUACAGACUCCUACCACAACUUAGUAUAAGGCUAAAAGAAGGAAUCGUCGAUGAACGGCACAUCCCUAGGGCCGAGUUGACGCACAUCCUGCACUAUUUAACAUCUGUCAAAUCGAUCAAAACGGUGUGCGAGGUCGGUUUCGGUUACGGUUUUACGAGUUUCAACCUUAUCACGUCCAACAUUAACGUCAGAGUGUUUUCCUUCGACUAUGCAGUGACUAGCGAUGAAGAGAAUGUGGCAUCUAGAAUGAGUUCCUUCUACAGCGACCAGUUCGGAGAGGUGAAGCUCACGGUCAAAUUCGGGAAUCCUACGUCAGACAUUCAGUCAUCUAUUUCCAGUGGCCAGCUACCACUUUGCGAUAUGAUAUUAAUUAACAGAGCUAACCUCGGCUACAAAAUCGCUAAUGACGUCAUUAAACAGCUGUCGUUUCACAGCAGCAGCAGCAGCAGCAGUAGUAGUGGUAGUAAUACUGUUGCUAGUAGUAGUAAAAGUAGUAGUAGCGGUAGUAGUAGCGGCAAUGGCGUCAUAGUACUCGUUGGUUAUCCGACGUUAGCUGGGUACCAAGAUGGAAGAGCAUGGGAGGAAAAACUUGUGGAUGCUGAAGUCGCCGCACAGCUGCUGAAGAAAAAACAGAGAGGAACCACCAAAGAAGACUCAUUGAUUCAUGUUUACGAGGAAUUGAGGUGCGCUAGUAGAGACAAAAAAUAUGGAUUUGUCAUCGGAAGAAUUAAAAAGUCUUUGUCGGCCAUAUAUAAGUCAAAAUUCCUCUUGAAGUUGGAAACAGUAUCUGAUUCAACAACGCAGAGAAGCUCAGUGAACGUUCAAACUAAACCCCCAAAUCGUUUACUUCACCACAAAAAUCCAAAUGGUGGCUACGAUGUUUGCCUGGAUGGGGGUUUGAAACCGAAUUCGUCGUCAUGCAAGGUCAUGUCAUUUGGAAUAAACAACGAAUGGUCAUUUGAUGAGUCGAUCGCAGGUUACGGAUGCUUUGUCCACUCAUAUGACCCAAGCAUGGGCCUGAAGGACCACAUGCAUUCCGCUAAUGUUCAAUUCCACAAUAUGGGACUAGGAAAGGAAGUCAUUGAUGUCAUUAAGUGCGACGCUGAAGGUGCCGAAUGGGCUUUUUUAGAGGACACAAUUGAGAACCUUUUCGAAGUCAAACAGAUCAUCCUAGAGGUACAUUCGCCUAAAAUAAACCCGCAAACAGUCAGUAAGAAAGACUUGAUGUACAUGAUUCGACUCUUCAUGAAAUUGCAAGAAAGCGGCUUUGUUGUGGAUCACUCCUACCACGAGACAUGGUGCUGUGAAAUUUUCGCCCCCAUGUUCCCUCAAGAAAUUAGCGAGAAAUGCUGCCACGAAGUUUACCUUUAUAACACGAAAUAUUCGAGUUGA